GACGAGUCUCAAGAAUUUAUCAGCAUUGAAGAAAAUUUCUACUACUUGGCAUACGUACUAAGGGUGUUUGCCCUGCUGCACACCUUCACUGCCAUGGCUAUGAUUCUUGGCUACUAUUGCCUCAAGGUGCCAUUGGUCGUGUUCAAACGAGAGAAGGAGGUAGCGAGGAAUCUGGAGUUUGAAGGAAUGUGGAUAGCAGAGCAGCCUGGCGAUGAUGACCUCAAAGGUCACUGGGACAAGCUAGUCAUCUCUACAAGGUCCUUCCCCGACAAGUAUUGGGACAAGUUCGUGAAGAAGAAGGUACGCACAAAAUACGCAGAACAAUACGAGUACGACCAGAUUAGUAAUCUUCUCGGUAUGGACAGCCAAGAUGGUUUCACCGUUAAGGAUAACAAAAAAGCAUCUUUCUCUCUGAUACCUACUCUGGCCGAAAUAGAUUGGCAAUAUCAGGUCUGGAAGUUUGGAAUCAUUAUUACAGAUAAC